AUGGGAAAGAUUGUAUUCUUUGAGGAGAAGAACUUCCAAGGUCGUAGUUAUGAGUGCAACAGCGACUGCCCAGACUUGCACUCCUACUUUAGCCGCUGUAACUCCAUCAGGGUGGAGAGCGGCUGCUGGGUGCUGUACGAGCGCCCCAACUACGGAGGCUACCAGUACGUGCUGACCUCUGGGGAGUACCCUGACCACCAGCAGUGGAUGGGCUUCAACGACAACAUCAGAUCCUGUCGCUCUAUUAAAAAUGUCUAUGGAAAUUCCUACAAGAUCAGGUUCUAUGACAGGCCAGAUUUAGCUGGCCAGAUGGCAGAGUGGAGCGAAGACUGCCCAUCGGUCCAUGAAGCCUUCAAGUUCUGUGAAUUCCACUCUGCUGUAGUGAUAGACGGUGCCUGGGUCUUCUAUGAGCUGCCCAACUACAAGGGGCAGCAGUACUUCCUGGAGCGCGGAGAGUACCGUAACUUCACAGACUGGGGCGCCACCUCCCCUGUCGUGGGCUCCUUCCGCAGGAUCACAGAGUUCUAG